AUUGGAAUUUGCUACCACAAUGGCACGGGAAGUUUCCCGUCUGUACACUUGCAAACCGUCCAUUCACUAGAGCGACGGAAAAGGCGAGAACGUAUGGGUUUUACUAUAGAAAACAAGUUUCCCUUUCGAUCGAUUGACCUCAAUCUCAGACUCACCUCGCUCAACUUCAACGACAAUGUGGUACGGUCGCAUGAGAUCAACCCAAAUGACAUCGUCCAAGACCUUCCAGACCGUCCUAACAUCCAUAUCCAACUCCCCUCUCAUCCAUUUCAGCAACUGCAACCUCGACACAACCAUGGCGUAGUCGCUAGAAUCAGUACACGCAUACCCAUACUUCUCCAAUGUCUCAUUCACGCCUUAAAACAUCAUCCCAUGCCCAUGGAUUGCUCCCUGGCCCGUUGCUGA